CGGGGCGGAGCGACUUCAGAAGAGGUCGACCCGCACCCCUUGCAGGUUGAGAAUCCCAAGCUCCCACCCGCAGUCCGCAGACACGCUCCGCCGCUUCGCCCCAAUUCCCAACCACCACCACCUUCACUUCACCUCGACCGAACCGAUGGAGCAGCAAGGGAGCGAGAACACGCAGGAGCCGCUCCCCUGCGCCAACAACUGCGGUUUCUUCGGCUCCCCGGCCACGCGCAACCUCUGCUCCAAGUGCUUCCGCGACAGCCUCCGCCACGCCGAGGCCCAGGCGGUGGCGGCGACAGCGACAGCGACGGCCGCGCUCGCCGCCUCUUCUUCUCCGGCCGCGGCGUCAGCGGAUCCCGACGCGGCGACAGCGGCAGCGACGGAGAAGGCGGGGAAGGCGCGAGCGAAGGGGAAGAAGAGCGGCCGGUGCGCGGCGUGCGGGAGGAAGGUGGGGCUGAUGGGGUUCGAGUGCCGGUGCGGCGGCGUCUUCUGCGGCGCGCACCGCUACUCGGACCGGCACGACUGCGGCUACGACUACAGGGGCGCCGGCCGCGACGCCAUCGCCCGCGCCAACCCCGUCGUCAGGGCCGACAAGCAGGUCGACAAGCUCUGACCGAGCAGCGCCGGCGCGUGCUCUGCUCUCAGGCAGCAAACCAUCACUGGCCUGGCCUGGCUGCUCGAUCGAAGAUUCGAAGUAUGCAGUAUGCUUGAUUGAAGUCUAGUCGAUUGCAAUUCGCGUCAACAUCUCUGUACCUCUUCGCUAGUUCAUGAUGUAUAUUUGCUAUACCUACCUGCUGCUAGUGCAGUUGCUUGUUAACAGACAGAAACUGCCCCUGCUUGGGGUGUGUGUGCCUGGAAGCAUGUCGCCCUUGCGGAGCCA